AUGACUGUUACACAAUUCAAUGGGCCCAAUAGAAAAUUCUCUGUGCGCUUCAAUUCCACCUUGAACUUGCCUGGAUCAUCAAUUCACGGCUCCGACGAUGAUUCUGCUAGUGAACAGCAUUGUAAACACUUGAUACCAAGUCCAGCCUCGAGCGCAACUGGAAACACUUUACUUGUGGAUGAUUCCAAUUUGAAUACGGUAUCCUGGAACUCUGAUUGGCAACAACCUACACUCAUGAUUUCAAUGUUGUCAAUUGGAUUUCUUCUAUCAAUCGGGCAUCAUGUCUUUUACAACUCCUUAGACGGCACUAUCGCGGGUGAUUUGGCGAGACAAGCAUGGUCAUUGCAAGUGGGUGCGGCAUUUGCAUUCCUCGCCGUCAUAUGUUUUCGAGUCGCUAUAGUAGCUGCGCUAAAUCAAUUAAUCUGGAAAAUUGUGAAAGAUUCGGCUCUCACUAUGGGUACUGUUCUUCAUAUCAUUAUAAGCCUUCCGGGCCUCUUCAUGCUGACACAGUGGGAUUUACAGGUAGUCUAG